UUAUGAAGCCCAGACUGUCAAAUCUGAAACUUCCUGGGGAGCGAUGCAGUAGCCUACAUGCACGUCUAUGACAUUUACUUCAGACAUGUAACUCGUCAAAAGAUCACCCGUUUGUAAAAAGUCCAGCUACUUAAAGCGAUUAGCGCGAGCUGCAGUUGUGUGUGGAGUAACGUUAGAGCGGGGUUGUUGUUUGAGGAGGAUGUGUGUGUGCUGACAGUGACACGAGCGGUGGACGAGCUGCUCCUUAUACUGUAUCUGUCUAAGAGCACGGCAUGAAGAGAUCAGAAAGGUGGGAGUCUGGGGCUCUUUGACUGAUGCUGUUAUUGGUGCUGGCUGCCAGGUCAUGAAGAUCCGCUGGUCGAGGAAGGUGGCUCUCCUGGCCAAGGUCGGCUUCCUCUUUUCUCUGCUGUGGCUCUUCUAUCUCCUUAUAGUCCGUUCUUCCCCGUCAUCUCUGGCUGAUCAUGAUGGUCAACGCGACAUCCUGGUCCGUGACCUUCCAUCCAAUGAGGAGGAGGACUCCGACAACCUCCUGCGGCCUGUUUACGAGAAGCUAGCACCAGACUCCAACGCUCCUGGAGAAUAUGGCCGAGCCACUCGAUUGACCCUCAGCACUGAGGAGAAGAAAGAGGAGGAAGCCGGCAUUGAGCGCUAUGCCAUCAACAUCUUCACCAGCGACAAGAUAUCUCUCCAUCGCCAUAUUCAAGACAACAGAAUGCAUGAAUGCAAAGCAAAGAAGUACAACAUCCGUCGUCUGCCUACAACAUCAGUGGUCAUAGCAUUUUACAAUGAGGCCUGGUCCACUUUACUCAGAACCAUCCACAGUGUGCUGGAGACGACACCAGCCGUCCUGCUGAAGGAGGUCAUACUCGUGGAUGACUUCAGUGACAGAGUGUACCUGAAGUCACAGCUGGCUCAGUAUGUCAGUAACCUGGAGCGUGUUCGUCUCAUUCGCACCAAAAAAAGAGAAGGUCUGGUUCGGGCACGGCUCAUCGGCGCCACCUACGCUACAGGACACGUGCUCACCUUCCUUGACUGCCACUGUGAGUGUGUGCCUGGCUGGAUCGAGCCACUGCUGGAGAGAAUUGCUGAGAAUGAGACCACCAUCAUAUGUCCGGUUAUUGACACCAUUGACUGGAACACAUUUGAGUUCUACAUGCAGACAGAUGAGCCGAUGGUGGGCGGCUUUGACUGGAGGCUGACAUUCCAGUGGCAUGGAGUGCCUGAAAUCGAUCGCAAGAUACGCAAAUCCAGAAUUGACCCCAUUAGGUCUCCCACUAUGGCAGGGGGGCUCUUUGCCGUCAGCAAGGCUUACUUUGAGUUUCUGGGCACUUACGACAUGGGCAUGGAGGUCUGGGGAGGAGAGAAUCUGGAACUUUCUUUCCGGGUGUGGCAGUGUGGAGGGUCUUUAGAAAUUCACCCAUGCUCCCAUGUGGGUCACGUUUUCCCCAAGAAAGCACCGUACUCCCGAUCCAACUUCCUUCAGAACACUGUCCGUGCUGCGGAGGUUUGGAUGGACUCUUACAAACAGCACUUCUAUAACCGAAACCCUCCAGCACGCAAGGAAUCUUACGGCGAUAUAUCUGAAAGGAUUGUACUGAGAAAGCGGCUUCAGUGUAAGAGCUUUGAAUGGUAUCUGCAGAAUAUCUAUCCCGGCCUGCAUGUGCCAGAGGACAGGCCUGGAUGGCACGGAGCGGUGCGUAGUGCUGGAAUCCACUCUGAAUGUCUGGACUACAAUGCCCCGGACCACAAUCCCACAGGAGCUCACCUCUCCCUGUUCGGCUGCCAUGGUCAGGGCGGUAAUCAGUACUUCGAGUACACAUCUCAAAAGGAGAUUCGAUUUAACUCUGUGACCGAGCUGUGUGCUGAAGUCCAGGAUGGAUUGACACAAAUAGGGAUGAAGCAUUGCCCACAAGACGGUGCUCCCGUUCCUCCCGGCAUCGUGUGGGAGUUCAGAGACGAUGGCAGCAUAUAUAACCCUCAUUCAAACAUGUGUAUCACGUCCUACCGCAAAGAAGGUGGCCGUACUGAUAUCCAGAUGAGAAGUUGCUCUCCCGGAGACAAACACCAGCGCUGGAACUUCGAGUGACUUUAAUCCUUAUGUGAACUUAAAUGUAAGUGCAAUUAUCAAAAGGAACGUCUCUUCCGGGUUGGCAUUGGAAAAGGCAUAAAAAUGGGACCCAUCCUCCAUAUAGUGCCUUUGCAAACCAAAGCGGACAUAUAUCUGUAGUGCCAAUUCUUGCGUUUCCUUGUUAGAGACGUUCAGUGUGCUAUUACAAGUGCAUAUUAGAACUGUUAAUAUCACAUUGUAGCAAAUUCAACCAUCCAACGAACAUAGUGUUGUGUUGGAGCAGCUUUUUUGUUUACAUUGAUGCACUAUAUGCUUAUAGUGAAUCAUUUUUAGACUCAGCAGUAGCUAAUCUUUAAAUCUACUGCACAGUGAUUUUAUUUAAUUGUACCAGAAGUGACUGAUUUGAAGAUGUUGUGAAUGGGUUUGUCUCGAUUGUUGCCUAUUGGUUUCCUACGGUAUUUUUUGUGUCAUUUUGUGACACUUUUCUUUUCUAUUUUGUUCUUCUUUUUUAUAUUGUUAGGGUAUUUAGGGUCUUUUCACCUUAUUUUGUGCAAGCUUCAUGGAAGAUUUUGGCACACUGGUGUUGAUGGAACUGUACCAGCAUUUAAAGUUUCACUCAAACUAACGUCAGUGUUCAAAUAGUUUUUUAAUACGUACACUUCAUUUUGAAGUAGAUUACAGGAACUGCACUUCAGAGUUGGAACAAAAUAUUAAGCAAUUAUGGACCAAACUUUUCAGAUCUCGCAUGUUUUUCAUUGGCCUAAACCCAUUUUACCUUGCAUUUGAGAACCACGUUUUUCUCUACUACCUAUUUGGGAAUUGUCCACUUUACCUGUAAAUUGUUUUCCUUGAAAAAAUGUAUAGUAGGUAAGUUAUUGACUCAACAGAAAGUGCCUCUUCAGCCUGGUUCCUUUCACAAAAGUGCUCAUUUAUCUUCACAAAUCAGAGUAUUACAGUACUUUACCAUGAUAUUGGCCAAAGUGAACAAUCAGAAAAUGUACAAAGUGCUUUUAUCACGGGUCUUCCAGCAUUCAAAACUCACAGGACUGUCGGUAAAUAUCUUGAAAGUGCUAUAUCAUAAAUGACUGUAAAUGGAUAACACCUUUAUUUUUGCACUACAAUGGAUUUAAAAUGGCAACAUAAGUUUUUAUUUCUCAUCCUUUGUAAUUGUCAGUGAAUUAAAUGGUUUAAUAGGGAUUGUGGGAAAGUGAUCAUGAAAUUACUACUGAUAAAGCACAGUUUGUGGUGAUCAUGUGUUUUGCUUAUCGACUGUAAUGAAGUAUUUUUGGAACAUGGAGAAAAAAAAGUGCAAAGUAUUUUUGUCUGAAUAAAUUAAAUUAAAGUUAUAGAUGUUA